AUGGACCAUUGUCUAUAUCCGUGGGAUCCUUCAUCCAGAAUUAGAAAAGAGUUCUAUGAUGUACAGCAGGAUAAACUCGAAUAUUGCACCAUCACAAUUCCAGACCCAAAUAACGUUUUCAUAUGGAAUGCCCGAAUAAAUGGUCCGCCCGAUUCCCCUUACGAAGGAGGAAGGUUCAUAUUGGCCAUCAGAUUUCCUGAAGAUUUUCCUCGGAGCCCACCUGCAGUAAUUUUCGAGACCUCAAUUUUCCAUCCAAAUAUCACAGAAUAUGGAGAGAUUUGCCUUGACAUACUGCGAAAUGGUUGGACUCCUCGAAUUACUAUAGCGAAGAGUAGGUUUUGGGUUCCAAGUGUGAGUUCACCUUUCCUAGUAGUCCUGUCUAUUCUUUCACUGAUGGCCUUUCCUAUGGCUGAGAACGCAGUAAAUCCACAGAUUGCAAUUAUGAUGGAAAACUCAAGAACAAAAUUUGAGACAAUGGCUCGGGAGUGGACCAUUAGGUAUGCGUGGUUCGCGGAGAGCCGUCCAGAGCAAUCAACUCCUUCUGCCUCAGCAAAUUCGGAGAAGGGAAAAAAGAGUAAAGAGAGCAAGAAAAACGCCGCCUACCACCUUCAUGACCGUGCUUUUGUCGACACUAUCGUAGGAGUUGUUGUCUAUGCCGUCGUGGCAACCGUCCUCAGCAUGGAUCUCAUUGGUUUAUGCCUCAUAGGUCUGAAGCGGUUUGGUUUCUUUGCUGCAGCUCUUGGCGAAUCCCUACUCAAUGAUGAUAUAACUACCAUACUCUAUGAAAUCGUCCAACAAUUUCUCGAUUCUAGAGGCGUCCCGUUAGGGCUAUAUGAAUCUGCCUUGGGCGCCAUUCUAGUGCGUGUUGUGCUGGGAGUCCUAGCCUACUUAGUCACCAAACAUCGGACGUAUUUUGAAGCUGUUUUUCUUCCCAGUAUCACCUACAUGUCCCACAUACCCAGCGACAUCUUGGAGUGGUCCGGACCGGUUGCCCUGAUUACCUGUGCCAUGUUUCAAGAUGCCUACGCAUUCCAUAAUUUGGAGGUCGAUGAUCGUCAUACGCAUAGCUACAACACUCGUCAGCUAGGCGGGAUAUCUAAAGGUAUCAUCUUCCUUACCUUUAGGAUCAAAUUACUUGAAAAGCAGCUCUAUUGGCACGUGUUUUUCAAUCUCUGGUCCCUACUUACUUGCUUGGUGGUUCGUGCCCUUGUGGUGAGUCUCUACAUAAAUCUCUUCUACCUGAAUAUCACUGAAAUAAGCCCGACGGAGAGACUUAUCCUAGCCUAUGGCGAGUUAAGUGGAGCUGUGGCUCUUUCCCUCGUUACAGUGGUGGACGGACAGAAGGUCAAACAACGUGUCUACGACACCCUGGUUACCUCAGCUCUCUUCACGAUGCUCUUAACUGUUGGAGUGAUGGGUUUAACAAAGCAACCUCUUGUAAAAAUCCUCCACGUCAAAUUAGCCCUUCGCAAAACUCAGCGAGGGAAUGAUUGA